UGUGCUCUUCGCUCCAGACAUAGUGCUGCUGCUGAAAAAAAUGCUGCUCUCUGUGCCGCCGAGGACAGGAUUCAACCCAUACAACGGCUACACUAACAGAACCAGUAAAAAGCCGACGUAUGUGUCUUCCAGCCACCAGAUGGCUCUACCCAGCCCCAACCACACCACCACCAGCAGCAGCAGUAACGGCAGCCUCAGCGCAGAGCAGCUGAGCAAAACUAACCUCUACAUCCGCGGCCUCCACCCGGGAACCACAGACCAGGACCUGGUCAAACUGUGUCAGCCGUAUGGGAAAAUUAUGUCCACUAAAGCCAUCCUGGACAAGACCACCAACAAAUGCAAAGGCUAUGGCUUUGUUGACUUUGACAGUCCGUCCGCGGCACAGAAAGCAGUGACAGCACUGAAAACUGGUGGAGUCCAGGCUCAGAUGGCUAAGCAACAGGAGCAGGACCCCACUAACCUGUACAUCUCCAACCUGCCUGUGUCCAUGGAUGAGCAGGAGCUGGAGAAUAUACUGAAGCCCUUCAGUCAGGUCAUCUCUACACGCAUCCUCAGAGACGCCAACGGCACCAGCAGAGGAGUGGGCUUUGCCAGGAUGGAGUCAACAGAGAAAUGUGAGACUAUCAUUCAACAUUUCAAUGGCAAAUAUAUCAAGACUCCACCUGGAGUACCCGUGCCCUUGGAACCCCUGUUGUGUAAGUUUGCAGACGGAGGACAGAAGAAGAGACAGAGCCAGGGAAAGUACCCGCAGAAUGGCCGUCCCUGGACAACAGAUGGGGAAACGGGAGGAAUGACACUGACCUAUGACCCCACCACAGCCUUACAGAACGGGUUCUACUCCUCUCCCUACAGUAUGGCCCCUAACAGAAUGAUCGCUCAGACAUCCCUCGUCCCCUACAUGCACUCUCCUGUUAAUAGCUACCAGAUCCACAGUCCACAGUCCUGGAUGCAUCAUCAUCAUCAGUCGUACCUCAUGCAGCCCUCAGGCCAAGUCCUGACGCCAGGCAUGGACCAUACCAUGUCCAUCCAGCCAACCCCUAUGAUGGGGCCUCUCACACAGCAGCUCAGCCACCUCUCUAUGGGCAGCAGUGGAACGUAUAUGCCUGCAAACACACCUAUGCAAGGGACCUACAUCCCCCAGUACACCCAAGUGCCUCAGACCACUGUUUCAGUCGAGGAAAGUGCCAUCCAGCAACAGGUUUCCCUGGAGACUCCCACAGAACACACAGGUUACUCCUAUCAGCUUAGAAAGUGAAGAGGAGGGACAGGUGGGAUAUACUAGAGUAUAUUUCCUGGGCCACCUGCGGUCCUGUACAGCUCAGCGCAUAGUGACUCUGGACAGAAGCACCAGACAGUCACACUAUGGACAAAAGGAUAUUUCAAAAUCAGAGGUUAUGGUAAACUCUUGAAUACAGACGAUAUGGAUACUGUGAAAACGAACAGAACAUGAACUCUACAGUCGAAGAAAGAGAAACCACACACAGGAUUUUUUUUUGUGCACAUAUUAACAAAUUAUUUUCCUAAAUAUUCUGGGGAGUCAGAAUGAAAUCAGGAUCAUAAAAGUUACAACAACAUGUGUUGUCGAUCAGCUGUACUUUUUUUGUGUAAAAUAUGCUGAUUUCGUUUUUCAUUUCAUCAUCUGUUAUUUGUAAGCUUUUUACCUGUAUUGUUUUGGUAUAGAUUCAAAAAGUCACUAAUCAAAGAUUUUUUUUGUUCAUUUCACAAUGCCAUUGUUGUUUUUGUUCACUUCACAGUGUUUUUACUGGUAAAUUUUUUGACGAGAGAAGGCUGAACCAACUGCUUAAGUUACUUAGAUCAUAGACGGUGUCAUAUCUGGUACUAUCAACUCAGAUACCGUUUUUAGCACUUGGGUCCCUAGUUGAAAUUCUCACAAUAAUUCUCAGAAUCUAAAUAUAUAUUUAGAAAUAAAGCUUAAGACAAUCAAACAUUGAAUUGAUUAUUUCCUGAUUCUGGCCAAUAUAUAUGCAUGAUUAAAUUUGACAUGAAAUACAUUUAGUUGCUGGUUAUAUUUGGGGAAUUUAAUCUUAUAUUUCUCCAAUGCCAACCAACAACAUAAAUAAGUCUUUACAUUUGGUUUUAGUGGGUUAAGCUGCUACCCUUUAAAACAGACCCAAAGUUGUUGUUAGGAGUUCACAUUAUUGAGUGUUGCGCUCGUAGUUUAAACAAGUAAAUUCGAGAUCCAACGCUACUUUCUCUCUGUCUGUUUAUAGAUGCCUCUGUUUUUGUUUAUUCGGUUUUGUUUUGAUUCCGAGUGACUGUUUUUUUUUUAUUUAAAGAAAGUUUGUGAUCUUUUUUAUUCGAUGUAAUACUUUUCAGAUUGAUACAUUUAAUUUUUUGGUAGUGUGCAGUGAGUGGUUACAUGUUUCUAUGGACCAGUAGAUUUGUUUUUGAAAGAUUUUGGAAUAAUGUCUGUCAUUAGUCCUUUUUGAUUUUUCUUGUUCUCAAUCUCUGUUUUAAUUUUCAAUCACAUGGAAAAAUGCUCUAAAUGUUUGAGAGAUUUCAAAUCAGUCUGUGUCAUCAGUCUGUGUCAUCAGUUUUGGCACGUUCACCGUUUUAAAGAGGUGUGCUCAACUACUCAUCACUCGAAGAUAAUUAUGAGCUCGAUUCAAUCCCAAUUGAAAUUUAAAGGCAAUGUGACCGCAUUCACGGUAAACGCUGCAUAUGUUGGCUCAAUUGGAAAUGACCAUUACAUGUCUAUUGCGCAAUCCGUAACUAUUUCAGCUUCGCUGACUGAAUCGAGCUCUAAGUGUAAUGCCUCUUAGAAAUGAUUUCAGAAAUGUGUCCUGUGGUAGAGUAGUCACUAAAUCAGUGGUUAGGGAAUGCGGUGUGAAAAGUAACAAUACCUCCUACCCAACAAGAGCAAUGUAAAGUCAGCUGAGUGUUCGUGUGCAAGAUUCGGAGACGUUUUCUAAACUCUUAACUUCUAUGGUUCUCCAGGCUGCCCCGCACAGUCACAGCGGGUACUGUCUCCAUAGCUUCACUCUUCCGUCAAACGUUCACAAACCAGGCCUAAAUCCCAGGUCAAACAUCCAAUCAGACUGUUUUGUUUCUUAAAAAGGCCAGUGAUCUAUGCAAUUAAAAAAACACACACACACACAUCCACAAUAAUGCAAUACUUACGCUAUAGAUGAAUUUCAGAACUUUUUCAGGUGACAAUGGGCUGUUUGUCUGUCAAUAGUGACUUUUGAAACAUAGCAUUCUGCUAUUGGUGGCUUUCAUUUGAGUUCAUCCAAAACGUUUAGUUGUAAGAUUACACGCCUCGCUGUUCAUCGAAAUGACAGUGAGAUCGCUGCAUAGAAAGGGAAUUUCUGUAUAUGCUCUACAGGCUAUCUACUAACCCUAACCUUAAAAUCGGUGAUAGCAUACUAUGACCAUCUGUAGAAAGAGCAUCGACAGGUGACCUAUCCAAAUAAAGUGUUACCAUGUCCAGCAUGGCUCACGAGGUUGGAGAAAAAUCACUCAGCUAUCUUGCUAAAGGCCUCACACCAUCUCCUAAAAAUGGGAUACUUGACUACCUUGUCCAUCCAGAUACGCAGUCCUUAUUGUUGGUCAACCAAAAUAUUGGUUGUUGAUUUUUUUGUUUGUUACCAAAGACAUCAGCCGGUAGACAUUUCUAAGUGAUCAAUGCUUGGUUUAGAAUACAUCUGUAGUUCUUUCUUUUUCCUUGAUUUGUGACUGUACAUGAAAAGGUUUGUUGACACUAGUAAUAAGCUUUAUGAAUUGUCUCAUGAAUUAAUUUGUGGUAGGAAGAAUAUUAUCAGAAAUGCCUUGUAGAUUUCAUCGAGAGGAUUUAAAAAGGGUGCUACACACUAAAUUGCUAUCUGGAAACAUUUAUGCACUGUCUGCAAAGUGUUUGAUAAAACAGGAAUUAUUUCCUUGUAAUAUUUACACCCACGUAGUAUCAGUCUUAGGAAACCACAAUUUAAUGUUUGUUACACUCAUUUAAUUUUGAGGACAUAAUCAUUCCAGAUGUGAGUUUAAAUCAAAAAUAUUCAGCAUUAGUUUGAGAUGUCGGAAUGCCCUUUGCUGUAGUUCAGACAAUCAUUUACAUGAAGUCCACUUGAAACAUCUUGCUGCUAAUUUAGGAUUUUAAAGGUUGCGUAGGAGUGGGCUCUACUGCUUUGUCUUUCAUUGUACAAUGCCAACUAGAGGGAGGAAAUAUUAGCUGAAGCUCCGUCCAGCAAUAAGUCACCAACGUCAUGUCAGGUUAAAAAGGAACACAUUCCAUAGUCAUUGGCUCACAGCCUUAACAUCUACUAUCCCCUGGCUUUAUCAAGUCCAUUAUAAAGCAAUCAUGUCCAAUCUU